AUGCCAUCGGCGAACAAAUGUUGGAAGGCUUGGAACCACCAUGGCGGCGUGAACAAGCACAACGAGGCGAAAGAGAUCGUCCCCCAAAUGCACGAAAACAAAGAACCCUAUUGUCCUCUGCUGCACGUAUUCGACCAAGCGAUGGAAGAACGAAUCAACGAGGGAGAGAGGAUUCUACCCUUUUUUUCCGGACAGCUCCUAGGACCUAAUUAA